UAAAAAAUAAAGGAGUGAACAAGUAGUAUGCACUGUCAUUCACAUUCAGUCAUUCCUUCUUCUUCACCAUCCAUCAAUGGCAGUUCAAAACCACCACUCCAGCAGCAGCACUGAACACCUCCCAAAAGUCCUCCUCUACGGUCCCCCAUCACUCUCCUCCAUCAUCAAACCCCACCCUUCUCACAAUUUCCAAAUCCUAAACCAAUUCUUACCCACCCACGCCUCCUCCAUCCACGCCGUCGUUACCACCGACGUCAGCUUCCUCGUCAAUGCCGAUCUCAUCGGACUUCUCCCCUCACUCCGUCUCGUCGUCACUGGCAGCGCCGGAACUGAUCACGUUGACCUCUCCGAGUGCCGCCGCCGUGGAAUCCAGGUCGCCUCCGCCGGGAACCUCUACUCCGAUGAUGUCGCCGACUUGGCCGUGGCUUUGCUGAUCGACGUCACGUGGAAAAUCUCCGCCGCCGAUACAAAUUUCAGAAGACGGCUUCAGCCUCCGUCAUGGGAUUUUCCAUCUUCUUCUAAGUUGGCUGGAAAAAAAGUUGGAAUUGUUGGCUUGGGAAAAAUUGGCUUGGAAGUGGCAAAGAGGCUUGAGGCGUUUGGUUGCACUAUAUUAUACAACUCCAGGAACAAAAAACCAUUUGUUUCAUACCCUUUCUAUUCUAGUGUUGUUGAGCUUGCUUCUAACAGCAAUGUGCUUGUUCUCUGUUGUGACCUAAACGACCAAACAAAGCACAUUAUCAACAGAGAAGCUAUGUUGGCACUGGGAAAAGAAGGAAUUAUAGUGAAUGUUGGAAGAGGAUCUCUUAUAGAUGAAAGGGAAUUGUUGAAAUGUUUGAUGGAAGGGGAGAUUAGAGGUGCUGGUUUGGAUGUGUUUGAGAAUGAGCCUCAAGUUCCUAAAGAGUUCUUCUCCUUGGACAAUGUAGUCCUAUCACCACAUGCUGCUGUGUUAACUUUUGAGUCUCUCAUUGGUAUCAGCCAACUUAUGGAGCGCAAUUUGCAAGCUUUCUUUUCAAACAAGCCUCUGCUUACUCCCGUCAAAUUUGAUUGAAUUGUUUCUUCGCAUUUUUAUCUCACCCUUUUCUUGAAUCCUUCUCAAAUAAAUUAUUUUACUUUGUUUGAGAAAACAUGUUAGGUUAUGUACAAUAUGCUUUGUGAAAUUUUUGGUGCUUCUUUUUGUCACCCUUUCUAUUCAACCGUGUAUCCUGUUUAUGCUAA